AUGUCGACCCAAGCACCAAACAUCCUGUAUAUUACUGCGGCAGUAGCGGACUCGCCGCAGACCGGCGGCCGCUGCAUGUGGCAGGCAGGCGGCGCGCCCGCGGACGAGCGCGGCCGCUGCGGGCACCGCGCCAUGGAGGCCGGCGCCGGCGUGGCCAGCGUGGCCUCGCUCACCAUGGACUGCGAGGACAUGUUCAAAGAGAUCACCAAGAAGCUCUACGGCGAGGAGACCAGUGUGGGCGUGGGCGUGGUGGGCGUCGAAUUCCCGGCCGCCGAGCGCGACCUGGACGACGAGCUGCGUCCCGAGGAACACAUCACGGCCUGGGGACUGGCCGCGCUCAUGCAGAACGGGUUCCCACCGCCCGGCAUACUGCAGGCGAACUUCAGCCCUCGCAUCGACCCGAGCGCCGAGGACCGGUGGACGGCGGCGGAGGAGCCGCUGGCGUGGGCGCACUCGCGCAUCGCGUCCUACAACCCGGCGCAGCGCCUGUUCAAGUGCGCCGACUGCGAGUGCGUGGGCUUCCUGGCGCGCGUGGCCGAGCACUGGCUGGGCACGCACUCGCAGGCGCGCGCCUUCACCUGUCCGCUGGCGGGCUGCGGCUUCGCGUCGGGCUGGGCGCGGGGCGUGCGCUCGCACCUGGCGCGCGACCACCACUCCGACCCCGCGGCCGCCGACCACCUGCUGCGCGACAACCCUGCGCUCGACGACCUCACGCGCUACCUGCAGCGCCUCAAGAACAAGGUGGAAGCGAUGCGCAACGAGCGUCGGCCGAGCACCGGCGACGCGGGCGUGGGCGAAGUGGCGGGCGGCGGGGGCGCUGGCGCAGCGGAGCCAGGCAAGCGGUACGUGUGCGGCGCCUGUCCGUACGCUACUGACCGGCGCGACCUUUUUACUCGCCACGAGAACAUCCACCGCGACGAGAAGCCAUUCCACUGUUACUUGUGCCAGAAGCAGUUCAAUAGAGCCGAUCAUGUCAAAAAACACUUCCUACGCAUGCAUCGUGACCAGCCAUAUGACUUGAACAGAAUCCGCCGCUCAUCUUCGAUCGUGAAGCCGAGCACAGCACCGCCAGCGUUGCAUUACUACGGCAAGCCGGCAGGGGAACCACCACCCGCCGCGGCUCCGGUGCCUGCCCCCGCGCCCCCGCCACCUCCCGCGCCCCCGCCCGCCGAGUACCGGCCGGCGCCCACCGUCAAGAUAGAGCGACCUCCACUUGGCAAGGCGGAGACUGGCGCAGCGCUUCAUAAGCCCGGCGCUUCUGCGCCUGCAGCCGCGGCUGCGGCCGCCAUUCGUCGCAAGGGCGAGCGGCGCUACGCGUGCUGCUACUGCGCGUGGUCGGGAGUGGACAACUGGUGCCUGAAGCGGCACCUGAACACGCACCUCAAGCCGUUCGCGUGCGCGCUGUGCGAGUACAAGGCGGCGCGCGCCGAGCGCCUCGCCACGCACGUGCACAAGGUGCACAACAAGAAGGCGUGCGCCAAGUGUCCCUUCCUGGCCGACGACCAGCACCAGCUGGCGCACCACCUGCGCGACGCCCAUCACAUCGAGAGUCGUAAUCUGAAGGUUCCAUCCGGAGUUGGGCGCGCGGGCGGGGCCGGGGGUGCCGGGGGCGCGGCUACACCGGAUCCGACGGCCGGGGGCGCGGGAGUCGUGAGUGGCGCGGGGCGGCGGCGGGAGGCGCGCGCUGCGGGUGCGGCUCGUCUCUUCGGCUACCUGGAAGCGUCCGACGGAUCGGGCGACGAGUACGAACCGCCCGUUCUGGCGCCAGAAUUUGCAGCAGCGCCGGCGCCUCCCGCGCCCCACUACACCCGCGACAAGGAGAACGCGGCGCCCCUGCACCACGGGCUGCACCAUGACCACUGCCUGCGCUACUAG